GUGGAACUUUUGAAUUUUGAUCCUUGUGGCAGCGUUGACUCGGGCCAAACGUAGCCCUAGAGAUAAGUCCUUUUGCAAUAAAAACAUUGGUUAUCCUCGUAGUGCCGCAAUCGCCGUUGCUGUGCUGUUCUGUUCAUAACUCCUUUCUGCAGAUCAUCGUCACUCCCCCCAAAACCAACCGUUCAAUUCACCUCUCUUUUUCUCUCUUUUGAGACUGUUCCUAAUUGGUCAUAAAUGGGGAAGCCCACGGGGAAGAAGAAGGGUACCGUUACUCCAGGCGCUGCAAAUUCACACGCCAAGCACGGAAAAUCUUCCAAAGCCUUCGAUGAAGACACGGCGGUGUUCAUCACCAUGUCACAAGAGUUCAGGGAAGAAGGCAACAAGUUGUUUCAGAAGAAGGACCACGAAGGCGCCAUGCUCAAGUAUGAGAAGGCUCUGAAGCUUCUCCCGAACAACCACAUCGAUGUCGCGCACCUUCGCACCAACAUGGCCACGUGUUACAUGCAAUUGGGUCUCGGGGAGUACCCUCGAGCAAUUCACCAAUGCAAUUUGGCGCUGGAAGUGUCUCCGAGAUACAGCAAAGCUCUAUUGAAAAGAGCCACCUGCUAUCGUGAGCUCAAUCGCUUCGAUUUGGCGCUCAGGGAUGUUCAACUUGUUUUGGGCAUGGAGCCUAAUAACCUCACCGCGUUGGAGCUUCUCGAGAGUCUCGGAAAGUCAACGGAAGAAAAAGGGGUCUCUGUUGAUGAUAAAGGAGUGGCUUUUGAUGCUACUGUUCAUCACUCUCCAGCUCCUUCUUCGCAAAAACUGAAGAAAAAGAGAGGUAAAAAAACUGAGGACAACAAGGUGGUUGCGGAGGAAAAAGGGUUGAGUAGUAGUGUUGAGGACAAGGUGAGUUGUGUUGGGGACAAGGUGGUUGUUGUGGAAAAAGUGAGUAGUGUUGAGGAUAAACAAGUGGUUUCGAAAACGAUUGAGCAAGGGAAAAGGGUGGUGGAACCUGUGGAGGAAGAAAAAACUGUCACAAUCACUAGGAGUGUGAAGUUGGUGUUUGGUGAGGAUAUAAGGUGGGCAGAGUUACCCGUGAAUUGUAGUGUGAAGCUGGUGAGGGAUAUAGCUAGGGAUCGGUAUCCAGGUUUGAAGGGUGCUCUUGUCAAGUAUAAGGAUAAAGAGGGUGAUUUGGUUACAAUCACUACUACUGAUGAACUGCGGCUAGCUGAAAAAUCUGCUCCUGAGAAGGCAUCGUUUAGGCUUUAUAUUACCGAGGUCAGUCCAGAUCAAGAACCUUCUUAUGAUGGAAAUGGAACAACCAAUGGGGAUGAAGUGCGAAGGGGCGAUGGAAAACCGAGUGAUGGUGCUGAGAAUGGAGAUAUGGAAGAAGGAAAAGAUAAAGAUGUGGUGAAAAGGAUGGUUACUGUGGAGGACUGGCUUCUCCAGUUUGCAAGGAUGUUCAAGAACCAUGUAGGGUUUGAGUCUGAUUCUUAUCUAGAUACUCAUGAGUAUGCAAUGAAGCUGUAUGAAGAAGCAAUAGAGGAUUCAGUGGCAAGCAAUGAUGCUCAAGAACUUUUUAGAAUGGCUGCGGAUAAAUUUCAAGAGAUGGCUGCUUUGGCUUUGUUUAAUUGGGGUAGUGUUCAGAUGUCCCUGGCAAGGAACCAAGGUUUCUUUUUGGAGGAUGGGGCAAGAGAGUCUUCCUUGGAGCAUAUAAAAGCUGCAUAUGAAUUGGCACAAAAGGAGUAUGAGAAAGCAGAAAUGAGAUAUGAAGAAGCCUUGAAAAUCAAACCUGACUUCUAUGAAGGGUAUCUUGCUCUUGGGCAUCAGCAGUUUGAGCAAGCAAGGCUGUGCUGGUGUUAUGCAAUGGCAUGCAAGAAGGACUUAGAAGCUGGCUUUUCUGAUGAGGUUCUUAAACUUUAUAACAAGGCAGAGGACAGCAUGGAGAAAGGCAUCUUGAUGUGGGAGGAGAUUGAGGAGCAGCGUUUGAAUGGAAUAUCCAAAUCAGAUAAAUAUAAAGAACAGUUAGAGAAAAUGGGCUUGGAUAGUCUUCUCCAAGAUAUUUCUGAUAAUGAAGCUUCAAAGCAAGCUACAAAGAUGAGGUCUCAGAUACAUCUUUUGUGGGGAACCUUGUUGUAUGAACGUUCUGUUGUGGAAUAUAAGCUUGGCCUUCCCACAUGGGAGGAAUGUUUGGAGGUUGCAGUCGAAAAGUUUGAACUAGCUGGGACUUCUGCAACGGAUAUUGCUUUCAUUGUAAAGAAUCACUGCUCAAAUGAAACAGCACUUGAAGGAUUCAAAAUUGAUGAGAUAGUACAGGCAUGGAAUGAGAUGUAUGAUGCCCAAGGGUGGCAGUUUGGUGAUCCAUCAUUCCGACUUGAACCAUUGUUUCGUCGGCGUGUUCCUAAACUCCAUUACAACUUGGAGCAAUUUUAAGUUUUCUCCUUGAGUUUGGAAUUCUUUUGUCUUCAUAUUUUUGUAGCUGCCUUCAUCCCAUUAUAAGACAGGGAUGUUGUUUAGCUCAUUGUUUGGUGCUAUGAUUGGAUUAUUUUUUCUCAUACCAGUUUUGUGCUAGUUGAGGUUUCAGGCUAGGAAGCCUGGUUAUAUAUAUUUUUGUUGUUGUUUUUGUUGUUAUACUUGAAGGGAUUUGCAGCGGGAUUUCAUUCUUUACAGGUAUAUUGGGCGAUUGAUUUGUUCAGCUUGCACCUAAAAUAUAUAUAAAGAUUUUUUUUCCAUAGGUGAAGGUUUGUGAUUAAUAUUGUCAAUUGUCAAUUGUGUUUGUAAGUUACUAAGUGGUGUAACAAUUUUCUUUUGGUGAAAGGAAGGGGCAAACCGCCCCAACUCAAAAACCUCUAAAGAACAUUACAUAUGCGAAGUGAUGUAACAAGUUUUACGCAUACAACAAUAUUCAUUGUUAUCAUAUUUUUCGUUCAGUUGUAAUAUAUUGCCUCCUUUUACUUCA